CUACUAACAAAUCUUGAAGCCGAACGAAUCCGAGUUCUAUUUUCGAGAUAACCUUCACAAGAGUUAAAUGAAUUGAUAACAAGCGAAGAGUAUCAGUGUCCUAUUAAUUUGUGUUAAAACUACAUAGUGUUAUUGUUUCAUAACAUUGAAGAUGAAUUCCUGGAAUAGGAUUUUAGUUUUAAGCUCUGCAAUACCUAAGAGUUCCAGGCUAAUUUCAACAACAAACGCACGGUCAAUCUCUGACGAUGGAUGGCUUUCGAAGUUGCUUGUGCGAAAGAUAGAGCCGACCAAAGAAUCCCACAGCCGUAUGCUCAGCGACAAGGAAAUCGUAUACGCGUUGCACACUCAUAACAUACGACCAGACUCUGUGGAUAAAUACUUACUAAACUACAAGACAUCAGCAGCAUUUGUAGAGUCUCGCAAGUCAGAACUUGGAUGUGAAUUAGUUGGAUCAUGGACAGUGUCAGUAGGAGAUAUGGAUCAGGCGUUGCAUUUGUGGCGUUACGUCGGCGGCUUUGAGAAGAUCGACAAGGCAAAAAUUCUCUUCAGAGAAAAUCCUGAUUAUAGAGCUCUUGAAAAGGAGAGAGGCAACUUUGUAAGAUCGCGCCAUCUUCAAUACUUGUUAGCAUUUAGCUUCUGGCCUUCGGGCGAGCCGCGUCAGGACAAAAACAUUUACGAGAUUAGAUCUUACAGUUUAAAACCAGGCACAAUGAUCGAGUGGGGCAACAACUGGGCGCGUGGCCUAACUUAUAGACGAGCGCAGAACGAAGCUUUCGCCGGAUACUUCUCUCAAAUCGGCAGACUGUACAAUGUCCAUCACAUUUGGUGCUAUAAAGAUCUGCAAGCACGUCGUGAAACUCGCGAGAGCACGUGGCGUAACCCGGGCUGGGACGAGUGCGUCGCCUACACCGUGCCGCUCAUCCGGGAAAUGCACUGCCGCAUCCUUGAGCCCACAGAGUUCUCGCCCACACAAUAAACAACACCACGCGAUGCGUAUCCUGGUAUAGGGAAUGCUAAAGCCGUAUAUAAUAUAGGUGAUCAUUUUGGGGGCUACUAUUGGUUAACCGAUUGUAAUAAAACUAAAGAAUUUUCUAUUGUUAACCACCACUCUUGAACAAAAGGUUGCUUUAUCGGUUGUUAUCCUUAACAUGUGAUAAUAAUCGUUAAUGCCCGCCUACCCGCACUGAAGUAGCGUGGUGGAGCAAAGCUUUAAAACAAUCUUUGAUAUGAGGCCCGUACCCUAGCAAUAUUGGCAUCGACCUUAUUGUAGCAUACACAAAAAUCGUAUUUCGAAUAUCUAGUUAGAAUACAUACUUUCUAGCGGUGGCUAAAUUGCUCGGCAUUUAAUUGAUAUGUGUGAGAAAAAAAAAAUAACUUUCGAUUUACGACAAAAAACCGCUCCCUAAAUUUUGCCCUCUGUACUCUUCGGUUGUCAUGAAGUUACAUCAAUUCUCGCCUUUAUUCGCAUAAAGACAGUUUAUAAUAAUCUUUUGGUGUUUCAAGAAUUGUGUAGUCAGUUGUGUCUUGGAAUUGGCUCUAAAAGCGAUAUUUUUCAGAAAAUUGUACUACUUACUUUAAUUUUUCAAAAUAAGAUAUUAAACCUAAAAGAGUACAUAUACCAUAAUACCCUAUGAAAUACAAUAAAAGCAUUAGCUAGAAUACGUAUCGCAGAAAUUGAAAUAUCCCUACACUUGGGGAACCAAUUAAUAAUGUAAAUAGAAUUAAUGUAAAUCACACAAAUGUUUUUAUAGCUAUCUAAGCGUAACUGCAGCAUUUUUUACUGGCUAAAGAUGAAAUCUUGUAUUUAAAAUAAAAUGUUAUAUUAUACAAAUUA